CGCCGCCCCGCCGGCCGCGCCGUGACGCGGGCAUGAGUCUGGCCCGCCGCCCGCCGAGCCAGCGCCCCCAGCAGGGGCCGCGGCGCCCAGGAAGCAGCACCCAGACGAGCUGCUGAAGAGUUCCAGGGGCAGAGAGCAGGGCCUGAGUGGGCUUGAGGUGACGAUUCUCAGCCUCUUGCCUGGAGCUGAGGAGAACCAGUUUUACUUCCAGCAGGCUCUGGGCGAAAGAGCUGCUAGAACAAUGCUGAGGCAGCCCCGACGGAGUAUCUCGAACAGGUGAUCGGAGGAGCCGGGAAACCGAGGCCACCUGGGCAUCCCUCCCCUCGCCUGGGCCGGCCAGAGCCUCAAAGACGGUGGAGAAACCAUGGCGACCAAUUUCAACGACAUCGUCAAGCAGGGCUACGUGAAGAUGAAGAGCAGGAAGCUCGGGAUCUACCGGAGGUGCUGGCUGGUGUUCCGGAAAUCCUCCAGCAAGGGGCCCCAGCGGCUGGAGAAGUAUCCAGAUGAGAAGUCAGUGUGCCUCCGAGGCUGCCCCAAGGUGACAGAGAUCAGCAACGUCAAGUGUGUCACACGGCUCCCCAAGGAGACCAAGAGACAAGCAGUGGCCAUCAUAUUCACCGACGACUCGGCACGUACCUUCACCUGUGACUCAGAGCUGGAGGCAGAGGAGUGGUACAAGACUCUGUCUGUGGAGUGCCUGGGGUCGAGGCUCAACGACAUCAGUCUGGGAGAGCCGGACCUCCUGGCCCCAGGAGUGCAGUGCGAGCAGACAGAUCGCUUCAACGUCUUCCUGCUGCCCUGCCCCAACCUGGAUGUGUAUGGCGAGUGCAAGCUGCAGAUCACCCACGAGAACAUCUACCUCUGGGACAUACACAACCCCCGCGUGAAGCUCGUCUCGUGGCCCCUCUGCUCCCUGCGCCGCUAUGGCCGGGAUGCCACACGCUUUACCUUCGAGGCUGGCCGGAUGUGUGACGCUGGGGAAGGGCUCUACACCUUCCAGACGCAGGAUGGGGAACAGAUUUACCAGCGGGUCCACAGUGCCACCCUGGCCAUCGCCGAGCAGCACAAGAGGGUCCUGCUGGAAAUGGAGAAGAACGUGAGGCUGCUGAACAAGGGCACGGAACAUUACUCAUACCCCUGCACGCCCACAACCAUGCUGCCCCGCAGUGCCUACUGGCACCACAUCACCGGUUCCCAGAACAUCGCUGAGGCCUCCAGCUAUGCCGGUGAGUCACUGCUGGGCCCCACCCGCACCGGCCAGGAGGCUCUGUGGAGGACAAGGCAUGUUGGGCAGGGGCCUUCUGUCCCGGGCCCAAGGCCUCAGCCUGCCUGUGUGUCCACAGGUGAGGGGUAUGGGACGGCCCAGGCCAGCUCAGAAACGGACCUCCUCAACAGAUUCAUCCUGCUAAAGCCAAAGCCCAGCCAGGGGGGCAGCAGCGAGGCCAAGGCCCCUUCCCAGUGACGGCAGAGCUGGCACACAGAUGACCACUGGGGCUGCCUGCAGCGCGUCACGGAUGGCAUGGAGGGGCUGUGGGCCAAGAGCCUGGGGAAAGGGAGCAAGCGGUCCCUUCUUUGCCCCCGAGGGUGAGACUGGACCAAGGCAAAGGGCUGGCCAUGCCACCUGAGCAUGUGUGAGGGGCUGGAGCUACCAUGGGACUAUAUACUGUUAAUGAUUUUAAUAUAUAUGGCUUAUGAUGUA